UCCUCUCUCACACCUACUGCCUGCCAUCCUUUCUUUCCCCCUCUCUUAUUUUUCUCUAAAAAUGGAUGAAAGUGACAAGCAUAAUUUCCAAGAAGAAGAAGAAGAACUCGAGACAAUCUCCCUUAACAAUUUCCCAACAGCGAACACCGAUGCGGCGGAGAACGACGGCGGAAUCCAUGAUCGCCGAUUGCCCUCUGAUCCCGUCGUCGACCUUUUUGAGUUCUUCAGCGAUUUCACAUCCGAGUCAGAGACAUCCCAUGCUGAAGAAAUAAUUUUCUGCGGCAAAGUCAUGGCUUUGAAGGGUCAAGCCCAGAGAAGUGCCGAUGGAGACGGCCGGAAAUUGCAGAGCUUCCAUGGCCGGAGAUGCGAGUCUUUGUCGUCGAUUCCUCGAAACGGGUCAAAGAGUGGCAGAUGGCAGCUCCCGAGGAGCAGCCGAUCUUUGGAUUACAAGAAGCUUCGUCGGACUCCGAGUUUGUGUUCGUCGGAGCUUGAUCGGAGCUCGUCGAAGCCCGAUAAUGUUUCGCCGGCGGCUGGGCUAAAACCGCAGAAGCCGAGAUGGUAUGCUUUGAUGUUUGGGCUUGUAAAGUUCCCACCGGAGAUGGAUCUCCAGGAUAUCAAGAACCGGCAAGUCCGCCGGACUGUUAGCCCAAUGUUUCACAUUGAUGACCGGAGCUCGUCGGAAACAGGCCGGAACUCGCCGUCGAUGAGGAAUGAACGGAAAUCUUCGUGGGAUUUCAUAAAGAUGUUGAGUUGCAAAGAUCAUGCGAGUGUGGCCGUAACGACGUCGUCUUUUGACUGCAUAUCCCACGCUUAACGAGCAUGCGUAUCGCCAAUGAUUUCAGGUCGGGAUGUGAAGUUUUUGGGAUUAGAGAUUCAACCUUUUGGGAGAAGAAUAGUGAAUGCAACACCUGCUCUUAUCUUAUUCUAUCAAAGGAGUGAGCCUAGCAUUAGUUAUUCUGUUAAAGAUUAGUUUAAUUUUCUAAGCAGAAUUUGGCUAAUGGUUUUAAUUGCCUUAAUUUUCCAUGUUGGCUAUAGUUGUACAUACCAUAGACGCUUGAAAAAUGAGGAGAAUUUUGUCAUAGUUACGUUGGAAAUCAUUAGUGUUUGAGAUUUGUAAUGUAAACUUAAUUAUCAAGAAAUUUUACAGUAUUGUGAGUAAAUAUUGUGUUGAUAAAA